CGAUAACUCUAAAUUUGUACAGGAAAAUCAAACGUGCUGAAGAGAAAAACAAAGAUUCGAAGAUUUGGAUCAACUUAUAAGGAUGAAGCUGACUUGCCUCAGCAGCAACCCUAGCAAGCCAUGCUUCGUUCUCUACUUCAAGGGGGUCAGUCUCAUGCUGGACUGUGGCCUUGACAUUGGACAGAUACAGCACUUCCUCCCCUUGACAGUCAUACCGGGGUGCCAAAUCUCCAAAGUUCGGACCUGGAAUCCUGGAGUUGACAGAAAGUCGAAGCUCGGGGAGGAUGUGUGCCAAGAGCUUAAGGAGUGCGGCGGUCGUGUGUUUGUGGACGGAACACCACAGUUUCUCACUCCAGAGGUGAACAUGGUCGAUCUCACCCAGAUUGAUGCCAUUCUCAUCUCCAACUACUCCUGUAUGUUGGCUCUGCCCUACAUCACCGAGUACACCGGGUUCCGGGGGGUGGUCUACUGCACAGAACCCACGCUGCAGAUAGGAAGACAGUACAUGGAGGAGUUGUUGACAUAUGUGGAGAGGAACCCCAGAGCUCACAUUGCCACUCGCUGGAAACAGCAGGAAAUACUCAAGAACCUGCCGGCCCCGCUGAAGGAGGCGGUCAAGCCGAGUGUGUGGAAACAGUGCUACACCCUGCAGGAUGUCGAGUCCAGCCUCUCCCGGGUGCAGAUUGUCGGCUUUAACCAGAAAACUGAUAUAUUCGGCUCCAUGAAGGUGAUGCCAUCAAGCUCAGGGUACAGUCUGGGCAGCUGUAACUGGGUCAUCAAAUCAGCACACGAGAAGGUUUGCUAUGUAUCGGGUUCCUCCACUCUGACAACACAUCCAAAGCCCAUGGAGCAAGCACCGCUACGGAACAGCGACAUCCUCAUCCUCAGUUGCCUGACCCAGACUCCACUGGCCAACCCUGACCCUAUGAUAGGAGAGUUCUGUGUCAAUGCAGCUGUGACGAUCAAGAACGGAGGGAAUGUACUCGUCCCAUGCUACCCAUCGGGGGUGACCUAUGACCUGUUUGAGUGUCUGUCAGGUCAUAUGGACCAGUGCGGCCUCGCCCACGUCCCUCUCUACUUCCUGUCUCCAGUCUCCGAUAGCACACUGGCAUACUCCAAUAUAUUUGCAGAGUGGUUAUCCCAGUCCAAGCAGUCCAAGGUGUAUUUGCCUGAGCCCCCCUUCCCACAUGCAGAGCUUGUCAGUCUGGGAAGACUGAAGAACUUCAAGAGUGUUCAUGAUGGUCUGGGCACAGACUUCAAGACACCGUGUGUGAUGUUUGCUGGCCAUCCUUCCCUGAGGCUGGGGGAUGCUGUUCACUUCAUAGAACUGUGGGGCAAGUCGGCCAGCAACACCGUCAUAUUUACAGAGCCAGACUUUCCAUAUUUAGAAGCACUGGGACCAUUCCAGCCUUUAGCCAUGAGGGUGUGUUACUGUCCGAUAGACACCAGUCUCAGUUUUGCUCAGGCCAACAAGCUCAUCAAAGAUCUGCGGCCACUUCACCUGGUGGUGGCUGAGACCUACACCUCCCCUCCACUGCUGGCCCCACAGAGGACAGACCUCACCAUAUCAUGGGAACCGGCACCUUUGACGUACAAGCGAGGGGAGAUCCUGUCACUGCCCAUCAAGAGGCAGUAUGAGAGUAUUCAACUCCACCCAGAGUUGGCUGAAACUUUGGAACCAAUGGAAGUUAAACCAGGCACUGCUGUAUCCAUGGUAACAGGUUUCCUGGAGGUUAGGGACAACAACUAUAUCUUGAAGCCCAUGCAGAAGGAAGCUGUCCCCGGGGACAAGCGCAAGUUGGAUGGCUCCAAGUCUAAGUCCUAUUUGUUUGGUUCCCCCAACAUCCAGUCAUUUGUGGACGAUCUUGGCAAGGCCGGCGUGUCCUGUAUCAAGGUGGAGGAGACUGGCAGCGGAACCAUCAUUCAUCUGCCCAACGAUGACACCCUGAUCCAGCUGGAGAGUGAUUCCACCCACAUCAUCUGCGAGGGGGACGAGUCCAUCAGGGUCCGGCUCAGAGAUACCCUCCUGAAGUGUCUCCAGAGAUUGUGAGAUCUCAAUGAGACAAAUGUUACAAUGUUUCCAGAGAUUGUGAGAACUGAAUGAGACAAAUGUUACAGUGUCUCCAGGGAUUGUGAGAACUGAAUGAGACAAAUGUUACAGUGUCUCCAGAGAUUGUGAGAUCUCAAUGAGACAAAUGUUACAGUGUUUCCAGAGAUUGUGAGAACUCAAUGAGACAAAUAUUACAGUGUCUCCAGAGAUUGUGAGAACCCAAUGAGACAAAUGUUACAGUGUCUCCAGAGAUUGUGAGAUCUCAAUGAGACAAAUGUUACAAUGUUUCCAGAGAUUGUGAGAACUGAAUGAGACAAAUGUUACACUGUCUUCAGAGAUUGUGAGAUCUCAAUGAGACAAAAGUUAUGAUGCAACAGUUUGCAUGAAAACCUCACCAUUGAGACAACAUAUUGUGAGAACUCAAUGAGAAAUCAGUCAAAAGGAAAUCUCAUGAAUUGUCUCCAGAGUCUGUUUCCACAUACACUGAUACUAUCUGGUUUGAUGUCUCAAGUUACACAGACAUGAUAUGGUUGACGUUUCCCAACACACAGACACAAUCUGGUGUGAUGUGUCUCCCAAUACAGAGACACAUUCCGGUCGAUGUCGCCAUAUGCACAGACAAUCUUUUUGGAUGUCUCCAGAUACACAGACACAAUCUGGUGGAUGUGUCCAUUCAGCAGACAAUCACUUGAUUGUUUGAGAGAAACACAUGUUCUAAGAACAUUGUUGUUUCGACCACCAAUCCUAUGGCUUAAGAUCGUAAACAAAGAAAUGAACACAAGAACUGAACAUGUUUUCAUAAUAAAGUGCUAUGUAUAAUAGCUAUUUGUAAAA